GCCCAUUCCCCACCUGGAAGUGAGAUUUUGGGUUCCAAUCCCCUUGAUAGAUUCCGCUCCUUUCCCUGAGCAUCCUGACCCUAUCAGCCUAUUCCAUCUCAUGGCCACCCCAGGUACUCAGCGACAGGAGUUUGUGGUGACCUCAGCGUCAGGUGGCACGUUAGGCACCAACUGUGGACUUGCCAGUCUCCUGAUUCCACUGUUAGGAUCAUUUUCCUUGGGAGGGUAAUGGGCAGAACACAGUGUGUGGGGGCGGGGCGCGGCGGGCAGACGGGGUAGCGAAAAGAACCGCGAAGAAACCACGCCUGCCCCCUUCGGCCUUUUCCCCCCUCCGCCGCAUUUUUCCAUCUCCCCUUGAGUGAGUGGGUGCCCCGCUGUCUUUUUCUCAGCUUUACGCGACGUGGUCCCACAGCCGUUGCCUUUUUAAGAGAGGCCCGGCCCAUGCGGAGGGGGUGGGGCAGAGGCGGAGUCUGAGGAGCUGGGGAAGGAACAAAGCGCGGCCUGCGGGCGGCGGCUGGGCUCCGGCGGGGCCGCGGGGUGCGGGGCCUGCGGGCAGCGUCCUGGGCGGAGUGUUGGGGAGAAGGAGGUGGCAUCGCCGUCGGUGGCCAUGAACGGGCUGCCCUCGGCAGAGGCGCCGGGCGGGGCAAGCUGCGCCUUGGCCGGGCUCCCACCGCUGCCGCGCGGCCUCAGCGGCCUCCUUAAUGCGAGCGGGGGCUCGUGGCGGGAGCUGGAGCGCGUCUACAGCCAGCGCAGCCGCAUCCACGACGAGCUGAGCCGCGCCGCCCGCGCACCGGACGGGCCCCGCCACGCCGCCGGCGCCGCCAACGCGGGACCCGCAGUCGGCCCGCGUCGUCCUGUCAACCUCGACUCGGCGCUGGCCGCGCUGCGCAAGGAGAUGGUGGGGCUGCGGCAGUUGGACAUGUCCCUGUUGUGCCAGCUGUGGGGCCUGUAUGAGUCAAUCCAGGACUACAAACACCUGUGUCAAGACCUGAGCUUCUGUCAGGACCUGUCAUCCUCCCUCCAUUCGGACAGCUCCUACCCACCGGAUGCGGGCCUGUCUGACGAUGAGGAGCCUCCCGAUGCCAGCCUGCCUCCUGACCCGCCACCCCUCACUGUGCCCCAGACGCACAAUGCCCGUGACCAGUGGCUGCAGGAUGCCUUCCACAUCAGCCUCUGAAGAGCUGGGGGGCAGGGGGCACGCACCCAUGCAAAAGGCUCAGAAACUCCCCCUCUGGCAAGCCCUCAGACUGCGGAGCCUGCGCCUUCCCCCAUACCACCUCACCUCACAGGAGGGCCAGGCAUGUAUUCCUCAGAGGCGAAACUGCCAAACCCUUUCUCUUGUCUUGGGUUGACUGGCACUGGGGCGGGUACCUAGGGUACAGCCUCUGCCCAUGGUACUGGGCCUCCACUUCUUCCACAUGUGUGCACCCCCAGCUUGGCCAACCCUCAGCCUUGCAGUGGGGCCCGAAGAAGCAUCUUCCCCUCCCAUUGGCAUCUCUGGGAUUGGGAUGAGUGCCUCGCUCCCAUCUCCUCCUCACCUUUUGUUGCUAUCGGCAGCUGCUGGCUCAGGGGCAUCCCACCUCCGGGCUCUGGGUUCCUCUGCCCUGGAAGGGCUCCAGGACCCGUCCCAAUACCCACCCAUGGCCAGGAGGGCCAAGGCCCCGUGCUGGAUAUUUAAAUUUAGGGGCCGGCCUCCAGGGCGCGUAGAUAAAUAAAUACUCUCAGCGUCGUUGUA